AUGAGAAGCGAUCCACGAUAUAAAAAGUCUGUAUUUUCGGUAAUUUUCAUCAGUCAGUUUUCGAGAUUCAUAAUUGUCAAAGUAAUCAAGAGAGUCUGACAUCAUGAAGGCUCUCGUAUUCUGUCUUGUCGCCCUGGCGGCUUAUAAAGCUCAAGGGUUGACUUUGUCAAAGCCAAAUAGAAACAUUAAAUCAGCAGCAGCAACAAUAGCAGCAUCAGCAAUAAAGGAAAAUGAAAUGUUAGACAGCAGUGCGUUAAGAGGAUUAAAUGCCACAGAAGAAAAUCAAUUAAGAAUCGAGAUAGUCGCCGCCAACAUAAUCCGUGGAUUGUUCAACGAAGCGGAAUCUUUGAAGAACAAAACUAUGAAUAUAUUGACAAAGCAUAGUAUAAAUACAACUCGUCUCAGCUACGAUAAAUCAUUGCGGUCACUGAUUGCUAUCAACAACGUAACAGAAAUGGCAAAUGCGUUCAUAAUCAACGCUAUCAAUGACAUGAAAAAGAAAGGAUACACUAUUAAGAACCAGACAAUUGAAGAAAUCCAGUCUAAGUCUCAAAAUUUAACUUUGACUUUCUACGAAGAUUUACAAAAAGCGAUCGAGAAAAUGGAAGCGAUGAAGAAAUCAGCUCAUGAAGUAAUUGAUAAAUCGAUAACGACUCUUCAGACUGACGGAGAUUCUAUUAAACACAAGACCAUUGAUGAAUUGGAAUUGGCUAGUAAGAAUCUUACUUCGAUAUAUCAGAAAAGUGUUGAAGAGGCACGACAGAACAUUGAAGAUAUGAAAAUAAGUGCACAGAAAAUGAUCACCAAUUUUAUUGAAACUAUAGGAACUGAAAAAAAAGCUUUCCAGGAAGAUACUAUAAAAAAAUUUAAAUUGCAAGCUAACAACAUCACUGAAAUGUUCCACAAGAAUAUCAAUGAAACGACGGCCCAAGUUGAUAUCGCGAUCAAGCAAAAAAACGAACAAGCCUUAGCGAGCAUUGAAGAAGUUUGGAAAAAGACCCACUCUGGAUUAUACAAGGAAACAGAAGGUGCAAGAAAGAAUUUCUCAGAUCAUCUACAUAACGUCCAGCAAAGUCUGAAAACUGAGUUAGAUUUAAAGGUUCAACAAAUUGAUGACGAUGUCGUCGAAAAGAUUGAGAAUGCUAUUAAUGAGCUGGAAGAACGUGAAACGCAGCUGGAGAGUAACCUCGAUCUGAAAAAGAAGGAAAUUCUUGAAGAGUUGGAGAAAAAAAAUAACAAAACUAAAUUCGAAGAAGAGCUCAAGUCUAUCAAGAAUUCCUUCAUAAACAGUGUUAACAAAAGCUUAGAGAAUUCUGAGGAAUUAUUUUUGAAGAAGUUCAUUUCUGCUAUCACGGAAACUACUAAAUCGAAAGCUAAAGUCUUUGAGGGAGCUCUAGGUAACGAACUCAAAGAGUACAACAGGCUUUUAAAGAAAAACAAAGCUUUGUAUGUAAUGGAAUUGAAAAUGAUGAAGAAGUCGAUCGAAGCAGCGCUAAGGGUUAUGGAAGGAUCGUCGACAACUGAAGACUGUGAGGAUACUGUUGAAUUAGACGUAGACGCAAGUGAGGAUGAAGUUAAGGAAAACAAUAAUAAACAUGCUAAAGAAAUUCUAGUACCAAAAACUGAGGAACCCUGUACUUGUUAUUUGAUAACUUUGUCGAAAAAUGAAGCUGUUGAAAGCAACGAGCCACAAAUAGUAUCUGUUUUGACAAAAAUUGAUGAAAAAUCUAAUGUUUCCGCUUCAACCGAUGAACAAAUCAGUGCUUCCGAAUCUGAGAUCGGAAAGAAGGUAAUAUUGAAUGGUAAAAAAGUUUCUUACAGUGAAAAAGUUCCAGUCAAAUCUUCUAAUGAAUCGUCAAUUAUUAGCACUUCUGGAACUCCUGAAGUAAACACACGGUCCGUUGAAAAAGACGAUUCCAGUGCUUCCCCUGAGAGUUCAGAAAGUUCAUCUAAUGAAACCGACGAAGCUAAAAUCGAAUCUAUUGUUCCGAUGGGUGAAAAAACACAUGACCGAAAAAAAUCUAUCGAGAAAGAAGUCACUACUCGAGUAGAAACUGUAUAUUAUGAUGGUGUUGAAAAUAAAAACACUACUACUCCAAGUAGCUCCAAAAACAUAACUCUAUCGAGUGGUGAUAACACUCCUGCAACUUCUGAACACAGUCAAAUUGACCUAAAAACAAACGCAACUGCAACAAGCACCACCGAGGCCGAAAAAAUUGAAAGUACCACUGAGGCUAAAACUACAAAAACCACUACAGUUGCUUCAGUUGACAAUGUAGAACAAGUAAAUAACGCUAUCGAGAAGACUGUAGAAGUUGAUCCUAAUAUCACUAAGAAAAUUUCAAUUCAAUAUUUUAACGAAUCGUCAAUUGUUGGCACUACUGAAAAAAUCACACGACCUGUUGAAAAGGACGGUCUCAGUGCUUCUUCUGUGAGUUCAGAAAGCUCAUCUAAUAAAACCGAAGAAGCUAAAAUCGAAUCUGUUGUUCCGAUGUGUUAA